CAACAGCUGGAAGCGUUGUUGACAUCCCGGGAGGCAGUGGCGCCGGACUGAGCACGAUGGCAGAGGUGGAGGAAACCCUAAAAAGGAUCCAGAGCCAUAAAGGGGUUAUUGGAACUAUGGUGGUAAAUGCAGAAGGCAUUCCGAUCCGAACAACCUUGGACAACUCGACAACAGUUCAGUAUGCAGGUCUUCUCCAUCAGCUGACAAUGAAAGCCAAGAGCACAGUCCGCGAUAUUGAUCCUCAGAACGACCUCACUUUUCUUAGGAUCAGAUCGAAGAAGCAUGAAAUCAUGGUAGCUCCAGAUAAGGAAUAUCUUCUGAUUGUCAUCCAGAAUCCAUGUGAAUAGAUCUGCUAUGGCCAAGUCUGUCCUAGUGACACUGGGUCAGAAACACUUUACUCCUUAAUGAUUACUAAAAUUAUAUUGUAAUCUAACUGAUCUUUUGGACAUUCUUUUCUCUUUCUACAUUUAAACUAUUGUACAUGUCU